CUCUUAAGCACACGCUAAUCAAUCCGGAGGUCUGGUCCCUGCAUUGUUUACUACCUGUAUCGUCGUCGGCCGACCCUGCAGAGUAGCCCUUUCUUGCUAACCAAGAUACUAGGAGUGGAAGGCCCGCUACCUUGUACAUAAUAAGCGUAUAUAAAGGCGACGCGUUUCUCUGCUAGACCUGUUACUAGUUGGUCCCUGCGCCGCAAGCAAACAUGGCCCUUCGGCAACAACUGCAACACCAACAGCGCCGCAGCAGCUACGCGGACUCCGCCCCCAGGCGCUGCGUACAGACCCGCCGUCCAUCUCGCUGCACGCGGCUUCACGUCUCUGCUGGCGGCAAGGUCUUCAUAGAUCCCGUUAAGAACGAAUGCGCCGCGUUCGCACCCGCGACCGUUGCAAACCUGGGCCCCGGCUUCGACUGGAUGGGCUGCGCUGUGCAGGGCGGAGGUGACACCGUGGUGGCAAAGGUGAUCCCGGGCAAGCCCGGCCAGGUCGUCAUUGAGGGAAUCCAGGGCGACGGCGGGCGCCUCUCCCUGGACCCCGCCAAGAACUGCAUCGGGGUGGCGGCCAGCGAGACGCUCAAGCUGAUCGGGGACGUGUCGUGUGGCGUCAGCCUCACACUCAACAAGGGCCUCCCCCUGGGGAGUGGCUUGGGCUCCAGUGCCGCUAGCGCCGCUGCGGCCGCAUGGGCGGUGAACGGUCUGUUCGGGGCGCCCGUGAGCAAGGACCGCCUCAUCCUGGCCGGCCUAGCCAGCGAGGCGGCGGUGAGCGGCUACCACGCAGACAACGUGGGGCCCUCGCUGCUGGGCGGCUUCGUGCUCAUCAGGUCCUGCGCCCCCGGCCAGCCGGUGGAGCUGCUGCAGCUGCCGCUGCCGCCCGCCGCCCGGCUGUACUUCGUGCUGGUCAACCCGCGCUUCGAGGCGCCCACCGCUCAGAUGCGGGCGGUGCUGCCGAAGGAGGUGGGCAUGAAGGCAAUGAUCAACAACUGCUGCCAGGGAGGGGCGCUGGUUGCCGGCAUCCUGCGCGGUGACGUGGCGCUGAUCGGGCAGUCGCUGGAUCGUGACGUCAUCAUCGAGCCGGUGCGCGGGCCGCUCAUACCCGGCAUGCUGGCAGUCAAGCAGGCGGCAAAGGAGGCGGGUGCCUACGGCUGCACCAUCAGCGGUGCCGGCCCCACGGCAGUGGCCGUCGUAGACGACCCGGCGGUGGGGGCGCGGGUGGCGGAGGCGAUGUGUGCGGCAUUCCGGAGCGCGGGCGGGCUGGAGAUCAACACGGCCCAGGUGGUGGAGUUGGACCAUGAGGGGGCCAAGUUCGUGUAGAGGGGCCGGGUGGGGGGGACCGGGGGAAGGAAGUGACAGGGGAGUGUGUGUAUGGAAGAAGGGAAUGGGGGGGUGGAUCCGGCGGGGGUUGGCCCCCCCCCGGGUCCUUCGAGACGCGAGAGGGGACGCAUUGGGGACGCUAGGGGGGCGGUGAACGAGGUUGCGGACGAGGAGGAGGAGGAGGGUAUAAGGACUGCGUGCGAGCCGGUGGGUAUGGGCAGGUGGCGCAGUGGGGGCAUGCGCAUGUACGGGAUGUUGCAUUCCGUGUAGGGGUAUGAAGGGGCGCACGAUGGAAGCAGUUGUUUUACAGCCAUAUGGUAUUUCCUAGACGCCGCCUAAGAAAACGCUGCUGCCGCGGCCGCUGUGGCGAUGUUUGAGCGUGGUUCUUAAGAGGUGGAAGGAGGAGGUGGACAGGCGGGGAGCGAGGCGGUUCAUGCGCACGUCAAGCUCGUCUCGCCGCCGCAGCAACCGAUGCCGCGAGCGUUGCAUGUAAGGGUAUACAGUCUUGGCAUUGUUCAUCACGAUAUUGUUUUGAUGUUGUUGGCGUGUGCUUGAUGUGCGCACCCGAGGCCACAGCUGUCCAAGGUUGCAGCGUCCGACGGUCAGGGCUCCGGACCGUACACCAACCAAAAAUGGACCACAUGCGCACCUUGCGUGACAAAACUACAUAACAAGGAUUACC